UUCUAGGACAAAAAAUUUGCGCGUCUAAGUCGUUCUCGCCAGGCGUUCCAAAAACAGUGAGAGAAGGACUGGAUUGAGAAGAGUGUGAAAGGUAUUUUGGGUCAAAGUUUAAUCGCAUUACGGACAGAAUAAUGGCGACCGAAGUUCUAAAUGGAAUUAAUGGCUGUAAUGGGCAUCAAGAGGAACGAUUCUCGUUAUCCAAGGUUCUACAAUCUGCCAACAAGCUCCUGAUUCAUGGAGGGAAUAUCUCACAAUGGAAUCGGACCAAAAGAAAAACUACACCCAACCCUAGUGAUGAGCUUUGUGAAAGCAUAAYCACAACAUUGAGCAACUGUCUUCCAGUGGAUAACAACAACGUUGAAAAUCAAACUCAUAGCAAAACUGUCAGGAGUGUAAACAACUGCUUUGUCGAGAAAAUUGAUAAAGAAGAAAGAGUCCACUUAAAAAUAUCAGGUAAUAAUGACUCAGUUGUACUGAAAAUAAUCAAGGUUGACUAUUUCAUGUUCAUAAUAUGCAUAAAAUAUAUAUCCAUACCUCUUUCGUGGUGGGCGAUUUGAAUUUCCAUGCAUGGG